AUGGCCACGCAGGACCAGAAACCAGUGGUGCUUGCAAUCCCAAAGCGAGAACACUUAUCAUCAGCCGAAGCUAUCUCAACUAUAGUAAACAAAUCCAAAACACUCCGCCUCACAGCUCUCAAACGCAGUCCCUCGGCAUUCACGUCCACCUACGCCCGCGAAAUCCAGUUCAACGAAGACACAUGGACGAACAGAGCGUUCAAUCCACUGACAAGAAUCUAUAUCGCCUUGUCGCCUUCCGCCACAUCCGCAAAUAUCCGUCCUGAAUCGAAUGAAGAUAAUGGCAGUCACAGCAUCGAGCAAAUCUUGAUUGAUCGGCGCUGGCUCGGCCAAGUCACGCUCAUGGGUCCCGUUGUCCUGCCCACCGACGGCGAAAAGGCCAACUCUGCGCCGUGGGAACUUUUCAAGGGCCUCGACUUCGAGCAGGCAGCUACUGACGCCCAGGGCAUCCCGCCUGGUUCGAAAGUCGUGUAUGUUCUCUUGGGCAUGUAUGUCCUCCCCGAGAAACGCGGAGUAGGACAUGGGCGAAGCCUGCUGGAGGCUGCGACAGGUACAGUCAGGGAGGAGGCGAAGGGGAAGAAAGUGGAUGCGACGCUUGUCGUCUUGGUCGGGCGCGAGAAUGAAAGGGCAAAAAAGCUGUAUGAGCGGGUUGGGUUUGUCCCGUGGGAGGAGACGGUUGAUGUUGAGGGGGAGGAGCAUUGGCCCCUGAGUUUGGAUGUUGGGCAGUAG